AUGUCAGAGCUCACUUUCGACACGCUCAUCGACGAUGGCAACUACCUCGGCUCGGAGAGAGCGCGCCUCGAGAACCAAGUCAUCCUCGACGAGCUAGAGCGCAAGAAGAAGGCCCGCACCCUUGCUGUCCCGACCGAUGACAACAAGGUCAAGGCCAGACUGCGCGAGAUAGGGGAGCCCAUAACGCUCUUCAGUGAGCGCCCUCCGGACCGCAGAGAUCGUCUCAUCUACGUCUUGUCACAAAUCAAUGCCGCGCGAGGAGAAGAUGGAAUGCAAGUUGAUGAGUCCUCUUCGGAGGAGAGCGAGGAUGAGGUUGAAGAGUUCUAUUCCCCCGGUUCUCUCGAGUUGCUUGAGGCGAGGAGAACCAUAGCCGAGUACUCUCUCCCCAGAGCUCAAAAACGGAUCGCCCAGCAGCGGUUGGACAGCAAAAUGACUCUAGGACGAAUAAUUGAUAUUCGAAAGAAAGUUUUCGCCGACGUCAAGAGCCUAGCGAACCUCGGAUCGCAGAUAGGAGACGACCGUCCUAUUUCGAUGGUCAGAUUCUCGCCUAACAGCAAGUUUCUUGCCACAGCUAGUUGGACAGGCAAUCUCAAGAUAUGGAACAUGCCUGACUGUACACCAGCUAAAAUAUUCCGAGGUCACACCGAUCGUGUGAGUGGGCUUGCUUGGCAUCCUCGAGCGACGCUAUCCCAAAGCGAAAAUGUCGUGAACAUGGCUAGUGGCGCUGCAGACCUGACAGUAAACUUGUGGUCCCUCAGCAGCGAAACUCCUCUGGCAACAUUGAAGGGCCACGCGGACCGUGUGGCUCGAGUGGUGUUCCAUCCAUCAGGGAACUACGUUGCCAGUGCCAGCUUCGAUACAACAUGGAGGUUGUGGGACAUUGCAACGUCAAAAGAGCUGUUGUUGCAGGAGGGUCAUUCAAAGGAGGUGGUUUCAGUGGAGUUUCAGCAAGAUGGUGCGCUCUGUGCUUCAGGAGGCCUUGACGCAAUAGGGCGGGUGUGGGACCUGCGCACCGGUCGCACGGCAUGGUAUCAAAUUGCCACGGGUUCAGGCGACGAUACCAUCCGAAUAUGGGACAUGCGCUCGUUGAAGGCGCUUUACACCAUCCCGGCUCACUUAUCCAACGUAUCGGAUGUGCGAUUCUUCUAUGGGGAUCAAGCUCUUCCAUGUUUCUCCGGAGAUGUCGCCAUGGGCGACACAGAGGAUGCCGACGUAAAACCCGUUGACCAGGACAAAGCACAGGAGGAGUGGAGGUAUCGCUCAGGAUUGUAUCUGGCAAGUGGCGGCUACGACGGCCUUGUCAAACUGUGGAGCGCAGAUGACUGGCAGCUCCUGCUCAUGUCCGUUGACCUGUCUAGUGACGGAAAGAUGCUUGCAUCGGGCACAUAUAACCGCAAUUCCAGAUAUUCACGCCCGAGGGGGCCCGCUUCGCCGCGCGACGCGGCGGAGCGCACCACGCGCGGCACGACCCACCACUCGACGCGGCGGAGCGACGGCCACCAGGCGAGGCCCUCGAGCACCAUCUUGUACGAGCUCAUCGAGAACUCGCCGGCGAAGGGCAUGCCCGCGACGGCCGACACGCGCAGGCGCGCGCAGUCGGGCACGCCUGCGAGCAGGUGCGCGAACCAGCCGCUGAGGCCUUCGCGCCGCCGCGCCGCGAGGGAAGCGCGGUAG